AUGUCACUGGAGGACGGCGAGAGGCACUUCGGCUCCCUGAACUCGGAGCUGGGCGGCGGCUCGCUGCUCGGCUCUGCUUCUAGUUCGUUCACUGGCGAAGAGGAGAAGUUACAUUACGUUCCGAUCCGUAUUCUGGGCAGGGGGGCGUUUGGUGAGGCCACGCUAUACAGGAGGACAGAGGAUAAUUCCCUGGUGGUUUGGAAAGAGGUGGAGCUCAACUCUCUGUCUGAAAAGGAACGAAGGGAUGUGAUGAAUGAGAUCAGCAUCCUGUCCAUCUUAGAGCACAACAACAUCAUCGCCUAUUUCAACCAUUUCAUGGAUAAAAACACCUUAUUGAUUGAGUUGGAAUAUUGUAAUGGAGGAAAUCUGUAUGAUAAAAUAGUUCAACAAAAGGGCAAGCUGUUCAGUGAGGAGGUUGUCAUAUGGUACUUGUAUCAGGUUGCCUCAGCUGUGACUCACAUCCACAAAGCGGGAAUCUUACACAGAGAUAUCAAAACCCUGAACAUUUUCCUCACUAAAACAGACCUCAUUAAGUUGGGUGACUAUGGUCUUGCAAAAAAACUAGACUCUGAAUUUUCAAUGGCAGAGACGUGUGUGGGAACGCCAUAUUACAUGUCACCUGAGCUGUGCCAAGGAUCAAAAUAUAACUUUAAAUCAGACAUUUGGGCCAUGGGCUGUGUUCUGUAUGAAGUGCUAACCCUUACAAGAACAUUUGAUGCUACGAACCCCCUUAAUCUCUGUGUCAAAAUAGUUCAGGGCAAUUGGACCAUGGAAGUAAACUCUGAUCUCUACUCAUCAAAGCUAAUUGAUGUGGUUUAUCAAUGCCUUGAUCAAGAUCCUUCAAAGAGGCCCACGGCUGAUCAGGUUUUGGACCAACCCUUCAUUUUGAGCUGCAAACCGGAACUGGAAGAGCGUGUUGCACUCCUAAACUCAGCUAUGAAGAAACCAAAGCUAAACACAGUAACGGAGACACCUGUUGCUGUAGUAACAACGCGAUCGAGGGAUGUGUACUUCUGGGGUGGUGGGAAGUUUACCCCUCAGAAACUGGACUCGUUCAAAGGAGGCAGUGGAGCCCAAUAUGUGUGUGCAGGAGAGAGUCACUUUGCUGUGGUGACCGUGGAGAAGGAGCUUUACACCUGGGCCAACAUCCAAUGUGGGGCCAAGAUGGUGGGACAGCUCGGGCACGGAGACCAAGCUUCAUACCGACAACCAAAGAGAGUGGAAAUACUUCAGGGAAAGGCAGUACGUCAGGUGGCAUGUGGAGCGGACUUCACGGCUUGUGUCACAGAUGAGGACCAGAUGUACAUGUUUGGCUCAGACUACUACGGCUGCAUUGGUGUGGAAGGGGACAUGGGCACGGAGGUUCUGGAACCAGUGCUGUUGGAGUUCUUUGAAGAGCGUCCUGUGCGGGAGGUGUCGUGUGGGGACCAUCACGUUGUGGUCCUGACCCAGCACGGAACCAUCUUCUCCUGGGGCUGCGGAGAGUAUGGGCGUCUUGGUCUUGAAUGUGAGGAUGAUUUCUCUUCUCCAAUGCAAGUGGAGCUACCCAAAGGAGCCGCAAUCUCGUCUGUAUCUUGUGGCAGCGAUGGGACCUUCUUCAUAACAGACAUUGGGAAAGUGCUAGCAUGUGGACACAAUGAGUUCAACAAGCUGGGUCUGUACCAGGGGUUCUCUGGUAUUAAGAACCAUCCCGGAGAGGGCUUCCAGGGAAUCCCAUAUACAACCACACUGACGUUGGCGAAGCAAUUGUCGAGGUUUAAAAUCCAAACCAUCGCUCCAGGAAAAAGCCACACUGCUGCUCUUGAUGAGCGUGGGCGUCUGAUCACUUUUGGUUGCAACAAGUAUGGACAACUGGGUGUAAAGGAUUUCAAAAAGCAUCAGGGUGUGCAAGUCCUGGUCGGACCGUUCGGAGGGAAAACUGUGACCAAAGUGUCGUGUGGGGACGGAUUCACGAUCGCUGCUACUGAGGACAAUCAAAUCUUUGCGUGGGGAAAUGCUGGAAAUGGACGACUUGGAAUGCCGGCAGAUAAAGGCUUCGGAUCAGAAGUUUGCCCUUCGAUGCCGAGGCCCAUAUUUGGAUCGCUUCAUCAUGUCCCAGAUCUCUCUUGUCGUGGCUGGCACACUAUUAUUAUAAUGGAAAAAGUACUGAAUUCCAAGACAAUCCGUUCCAACAGCAGCGGACUUUCAAUCGGUAGCGGCAUUGGUCAGGGAGCCUCAACAACCACCGUGGAUCUGGACAUAGAGGCUGGCUCGGACAAUGAGAGUCAGGACAGGGGUCUCGGUGGGACUGUGGAGAUAGAGACGGACGAAUCACUUUUGGAGACUCCCAUGAUGUCAAGAACAUCUGGGGACAGCUCUUGUCCUCUGUGGCUCAGAAGGGAGUUAGAAGAUGCCGAGUUUAUCCCAAUGCAGUCCAUGCCAGGCCAACUCUCGUCCUUCUCAGAGAGUGUCACCCUGCCGUAUGAAGAGCUGAAGGAGCUAAAGGCUGCUGCGGCUGCACUUAGCACCAAGAAAGACCUCCCUACAAUGCGUAUGAGUUCUGGAAGAGUGAAUGGGUUGGAUGAAGAUGACUUGUGCAAGAGAGGAGAAUGCAAAGCUAGCUGCGAGGUGGCACAGCUGCGCGAGACAAUGAUACAGCAGGACUCUAGGAUACAAAUUCUGGAGAAGCAGGUGAGCGAGCAGAAGAAGGAGAACGAAAGACUCUGGGCGGCAAUUACUCGAAUAUCACAACAAGGAUGUGACAGCAAUGGAAACCACCGGCCUGACCAAAUGCCCCGAGACGGAGGUGGGAGAGCAGCAGGCUUUAAGAACUAUGGAGGCAGGUCUGCAGGGGCGAGUGUGUGA